UGGCAACAGGGGCGUUUGUGGCAGCACCAGGAGGGUGAAUUAAAAAAGGGAGCAAAUCCCUUCCCACUGCUGCAGUUUAACCCCCUCGGGCAACUAAGCAUGAUCACACAGCUGCUCACUCACCACUACCUCCUGGUGGGAAGGAAAAUAGGAAAAAAAGUAAACCCCAUACGUUAAGAGCAGUUUAAUAAUGAAAGCAAAGUAAAAUAUAAUACUACUAAUGAUAGUAAUUGCAAUGAAAGAGAGAGGAAUAAAACGCAAGAAAGACAAGUGAUACACAAUACAGUUGCUCACCACUCGCUGACUGAUGCCCAGCCCCUCCCCGAUGGCGGGAUGAUGGGGGAUGAGCAUCGUCAACUCCCAGGCAACUCCUCCCCCCCCCCCCCCCCCCCCCCUCCAUUUACAUACUGGGCACAGUGUUCCAUGAUAUGGAAUAUCCCUUUGGCCGGUUCAGGUCAGCUGUCCGACUGUGCUUCCUCCCAGCUUGUGCACCUUCUCACUGGAAGAGCAUGGGAAACUGAAAAGUCCUUGACUUAGAGUGAGCACUACUGAGCAACAACUAAAUCAUCAGUGUGUUACCCACAAUAUUCUCAUACUAAAUCCAAAAAAUACAGCACUUCACCAGCCUCUAACUAAAUUAACUAUCUCAGCCAAAACCGAGACACGCACAUAGCCCUGAGUGUUUUGUGUGACCUCACUUCUGCCAUCACUCCAUCAGGAGAAGACGAGACAGACCUUUAUGGCACACCCACCGAAGAUGACAAAUGCUGCCCAGCAGGUCUAGGGGAGGGGAUGUCAGCAUCUGCAAUGAGAUACUGGUGUGCCAGAGUGAGAUGGGAGGCUGAAGGUGGAUGCUGGGGCCCCAGCCACAACAGGGCAGAAGAGAAGAUUCUGGGCUGUUUAGCGGGGAGCAGAUGUGGAGGUGUUGGCGUGGUUGCAUCAGGUGGGUGCCAAUACACAUCGGCCUCCAUCACUGAGGGAUAUUGGACUGCACUUCAGGACUGUGGGAGGCACCUGCAGAAAAUAAACUGACCUGUGUUGGACAGAGACUUCACUGCUUUGCCUUCACCUCCUGGCCAAGAAGAUCCAGAGAGCUUACACGUGUCUCGUGCCACCCACCUCACCCUGCUUGUUGACUGUGGAUUAAAGGAUAUGGGGAACAGCAGGCAAGGCAAAUUCCCUGGCAGGAAAGGGCUGGGGGCCAACUGCAUCCUUCUGGUAGCUGUGAGCUGGCACCCAACACACCACGGGUGUCCCAGAUCCAUGUUUUGGGUGCUCUGUGCAAAGUCAGUGUCAUGAGAAGGAGCACGGAGGCAUAAAUGAGGUGUCUGUCCAGCGUGUGUUUCCCGUAACACGGAGAGAGCUUCCAAAGAGCCGCCGUGACCCCAAACCCCGGGGGGACUGCUGGGCAAAUUCCCAGGAGGGCUGAGGCAGGCGCAUGAGGCGGGGGUGCUGCUGCAGAGGGGCAGGGCCGAGGGCUGGCGGGACAGCCGGGGGUGAGGCGGCCCGGCACGCGUGGCACAAGCGCACCACAGUGUUUGAAACCCGAGGGGGACGCCGGGAGCCGUGGCCGCAGCUGCUCGGGUCUCACGCAGCCGAACGAGCGGGGCGGUGGAGCCGCCGCUCCGCCCAGGGGCGGGCUCCGAGCUCUCCCGCCCCUGACGGGCCGCCGUCGCUGCCACGGUUCCCGCCGCUACUGCUGCCGCCAUGGAAGAGCAGAAGGAGAACCGCCCGCAGGCCGCCCGGGACGAGGCGCCGGCCGCUCUCGCAGCCUGCCCGCCGGGUAAGCAGCAUUGUAGGAUCAGUGAUCAAGAAACUAAUGGCAAAACCUCAGCUGCCAGUUCAAACGACUUCAGUGAUCCGAUUUACAAAGAAAUUGCUAUAACCAAUGGUUAUAUCAACAGAAUGACCAGAGAAGAGCUCAGAAGUAAACUCGCAGAGUUCAAGCUUGAAACCAGAGGAGUGAAAGAUGUACUGAAAAAGAGAUUGAAAAAUUAUUAUAAGAAACAGAAGCUGAUGCAGAAGGAACACACUAAUGGAAACAGCUGCUAUGACUACAUCUGUGUUGUUGACUUUGAAGCAACAUGUGAAGAAGGAAACCCACCUGAAUUUGUACAUGAAAUAAUUGAGUUUCCUGUUGUCUUAGUAAACACACGUACCCUGGAAAUAGAGGAUACCUUUCAGCAAUACGUGAAGCCAGAGAUUAAUCCCAAGCUUUCAAACUUCUGCAUCAGUCUGACAGGAAUAACCCAGGACAUUGUUGAUAAAGCUGAUACUUUUCCUCAAGUUCUGCAGAAUGUUGUAGAGUGGAUGAGACAACGAGAACUGGGAACAAAGUAUAGCUAUUCCAUGUUGACUGAUGGAUCGUGGGAUAUGAGUAAAUUUUUGAACAUCCAGUGCCGUAUUAGCCGUAUCAAAUACCCUUCUUUCGCCAAAAAGUGGAUCAAUAUUCGCAAAUCAUAUGGGAACUUCUACAAGGUUCCUAGGAACCAGACCAAGCUGACAAUCAUGCUUGAAAAUCUGGGCAUGAAUUAUGAUGGGAGACCUCACAGUGGACUUGAUGACUCUAAAAACAUUGCAAGGAUAGCUAUAAGGAUGCUGCAGGAUGGCUGUGACCUUCGGGUGAAUGAGAGAAUUCACGGUGGACAGCUGAUGACAGUCUCCUCCUCAGUCCCCUUAGAGGGAGCCCCUGCUCCACAGAUGCCCCGCUACAGAAACUAGCAGUUCAGGGUUCUGCCUCAGGAACUGCCCUCAGAUACCCGCUAAAGACUCCAGAGCUUAGUAAAUGGCCACCUCUGCCAGCUUGUCUGCCAUGCAGAAUCCUAAAGCACCUUAACUAAUCAUCUCUGUUGAAAUAAAGAGGAGUGUGGAAGCUUUUUGCUCUUAGAAGCCUGUUACAGCAAUUUUUUUUUGUACUGAUGACUUCUGUUGUUGUUUCCAACUUAGCUAGCAGUGAGGUUGAUAUCUGGAAUCCAGACAAAGUGUUAAGCUUUUAAGAGCAUGUAAUUUAAACACCUGCUAAGAGGGAUUGAGUCUGUGUGCCCACAGCCUGUGGGUAGUAUUUGUUCACUGUGAUGUACUCCAAUCAUAUCUAGCAUCUCCUUAUUCAUUGCACACAAAUAAACCAUUCCUGGAAGAACUGAAAGAGCAAUGGUUGGGCUGGCCCUUCCUGAUAAGGCACUCUUCUAAGGGUUCCUGCCAAUUUUUUUGUUUUUUACAAAGUCUAGGAGAAAUGGGUACGCAUUCAUCAGUUCUAAAGCAGUAGAGGAGUACUCUGUUGUUUGGGGUUUUUCUUAAAGGGAUAUGUUUGUCUGCUUCCCCAUCAAAUGGAGAGCUGGGUGUUGAAUAAAAAUUCCAUUAAUGUUAUAUGACAGUAUUUUUCUAACCUGUGUUUCAAAGGGGAAGGUUCUUCAGAUUUUCACUUUGAGGAUCACAUCUCCUAUUCCUACAUAGCUGCCCUUCAUUUAAUGUUGUUUUUAGACACUAUCAGCCAUUUGGUCUUAACAAUGAGUGAAGUAAAGUAAGUUCAAAACAUGCCAGGUUGUUAAAAUUUCAUGCUGUGUGAUUAUUACAUAAAACAGGAAGUUUCUCAUUCAUGGCUAAAGCCAUGCUUAGCUAUUUUUGGUAUCUUCUUGUGCUUCUACCACCAUGAAGCUAUACCUUUAUUGCAAAACCUAACAUUGGAAGAUUAAUGUAAUUUUAUUAUUAAAGGCCACAGCUAAUUACUAACUACUUCUGCUUUCUCCCCGGGCCUCAGAUAAGAUGAUAUUCAAAAGAGGCCAGAGUGUUAAUUUGCUUUGUCUCCAUGGACUGUUACAAAGUGCACCAUUAAUGUGAUCAACUCUGCAUUAGAAUGGCUUGUUCUGAAAAGUGGAAUAAUAUAUUUUGGUUGCUCUUAGUUAAAAAAAGAAAAAGAAAUUUGCUAUCCCUAUGUUACAAUUCACCCGUUUUGCCAUUUACAUUCAGGACACAAAUGACCAAUUAAUAAACUUUGUUAAGAACACUGACUGUUUGACUAAUCAAACUCCUCCCAGCCCUGCUUUGCUCUUCUGACUGUUAAACUGCAUCAAUGGAACUGUGAAACCUUCCAUUUUAAAUUCAUGUAAGAGGGAGAAGUGUUAGUCAAUUCUCAGUUGCUUCAUAUGUUUUCUUUCCUGAGUCACAGAUUUGGAUGGUCAUAACUGCUUAGAAUGCUGGUUUUUAGUUUAGUUUUGGUUUGGUUUUUUUUUUCCCCUGAAAGCAGAUACUUGUUCUCUUGUAGAGUUUUGUUGAACUUUACGGUUUCUUUUCCUUUUGUAGCCAUACUUGAUGGAUUUUCAGAAGGUAAAAUCCGAAUCUCUGAUAUGCUUGCUCCUAAAAUACCAUGUAUCUGUCAGCCCAUAUUUUGUACAAAUUCCUAUAUACAUGCUUUUCACUGUAGUGACUGUAGUUCCUCUUUUUCUGAAGUACCAUGGUAAUUUACUUCUUUUGCAUCUGAGUUACUGUUGUGCAAGUUUCUGUGAUGAAACAGUCUGGUUCAGCAGAUCUCUCCUGGGCAGCCAGAGACUUUAUCACUAGUCUUUAUUUACAGGAACCGGGCUCACAGUCGAAUGAGAAACUUCUAUUUGUUGCAGAUUAUACUACAGGUUGCAUAAGAGCUGUUGUAAUUGUACAUCAUUUAUUUUAAGUACAGAGUUGUUUAUUUUUGCUAAGUAACGUCAAAAAGAUAUUUUGAGGUAAGGGUUAAAUAAUGAUUGUUUUCUGUUUACUGCUUGAGUAGGUUGGGAUGCUUUUUAUCAGUGAGCUGUAGAAUUCAGUAGAAUCAUUCCAGAUACUAUUUUAUCUGUCAGAUUAAUGUCAAACUGUAAGCUGGAAGUAUUCUCACAGACUAUUUGAUUCUGUGAUUUUGAGAUGAAGUGAAUUUUAACAAUGUUUGCUGAUUUUUUGGAAAUGUAAACAAAGUUAUUAAAAUAAUUUCAUAUUUUUAAA